CGCCGGGCCGCAAAAUAAUGCAAAUCAAGACGCGGACAAAGUAGCUUAUAAGAAGGACUGAAAAUAUAGAAAUGGCUUACAAGGAUUAUAUUUCAACAAACUAUAAACUAUACAUACUUGCGUUAUUGAUAGUGGAGAGUGAAAAGCUUGUGGAUGAAUAGUGUGUGACAUAAUAAAAUUGUUAAUGAAGUGUGGAUGUAGUGUGGAUUUUAUAGUGAAGAAUGGAUUUUGUUGUGAUACAUUAGUCGGAGAUGCCUAGAGGGAAGAACUGGAGGAGAGCACUUGCAAGGAAGGAAGUGAUUCAGAGGAAUGGUGGAGAAAAUGGGCACCUGGUUAAUUCAAAUGGGGAUGGAGCCCGUCCCAAUAGUCCUUUAUUUGAUAAUGGAUCAUUUGAAUGCAUUGAUAAUGUGAUUGAUAACCAGACUGGCAAUGAGCCUGAAAUUGCGAUUGAUAAUGAGACUUGCACUCAGCCUGCAAUUCAGAUUGAUAAUGAGACUUGUUCUGGGCCUGAAAUUUGUUCACUGAAUAGAAUUGAAAAUGUGGAUAAAAAUUUACUAGGCCCUGCCAUUAUGACCAUAGAAAAUGUUGCACCAAUUCGAAUAGCUGCCUUGAAUGAGAGCUUUAGCAGUGAAGGAAGUGAGAGUGACGUCGGACCUAGAGAAGCCACAAAAGAAGCUAAGGAGGCUGAAGCAUUCACACUGUAUGGUAAAGCAUUGGACCUGCUGAGACAAGGGAAGUCUGAGAAAGCUGAGGAAGUCUUCCAGGAUCUUACAGACCAUGAAUUUCUUAUUGAGGCAUAUGAUUUACUUGAAGAGAGAGGUAAAGAUGCAAUACAUCCAGGUCUUCAGCUGUUGUAUUCUAUACAGAAAAACCUGGCUGCCAUGGCAACAAAGAGAAAAGAUUACAAAGCUGCUCUUGAUUGUUACCUAGAGGCUGUAAAGAUAGACAACUCUGAGGUGACUGUUUGGUACAAGGUUGGAAUGACUGCCCUUGUUAUAGAAGAUUUUCAGCUUGCAAUGUUGGCAUUUGAGCAGGGACUAGACUGUAAUCCAAAGCACUGGCCAUGUUUAGAUAAUGUCAUCAGUAUACUGUAUGCAACAAAUAAUUACAUAGAGUGCUUGUAUUACAUUGCAAGAGCAUUUGAACUGGAUGCAACAUACGGUAAGGGCUAUGCCCUGAGAAACAAAAUUUGGGCAGAACAGUCGUCACUGAAAAAAGACACUGAAGAAUUCUUUGAAAAUUGUGAUCCAGUAAUCUACACAUACCAGAUUGACCCAGAUGAGGCCAGAGAGUAUGUAGAGGAGGCACAGCAGAUGCGGAGAAGAAACCAGAUUGUCUGUAAACCUCCAGAUCCAGAACGGUUACAAUUCCCAGCUAGAAUCAAACAGUACAGUUGGAAAACCAUUGGUGAGAUACUGAUUGGGCUGUAUGAUAAGGCUACAACCUCGGACCCUCCUCUGAGUCUGGGUCUGAGAGUGGAUGUACCAGAUUACAGCAGCUUGCCAGAGGAGGAUGUUAACACAGCUGCAGAUUUAGAUGCCUCUGGAGCUCAAGUUAAUGAAGGUCAAAGUAAUAGUGUUAAGGUCCAUCCUGAUGGAAGUAUUGGGACUGAUGGAAAGGAAAAACAAAUGGAAUGUGAUGAAACUGGGAGUGGUAAGGAAGAAUCUGUUCAUGAAAAUAAAUCAAACAGUUUGGAGAAAGAUGCUGAUAAUGUAGAAAAUAAAGAAGAAAUGCAUAAAAUGGAUGUUGAUAUAGAAGACAGUGUUGUACAAGAUGGUAAUGAGGCAGUAAAAGCUACUGUGCAUAGUGAAACAGAAACAGAUGUUGUGGAAAAUGCAGGUACAGAAGAAAAGAACAGUAAUGAACAAAGUAAUACUGAAAAAAUGAAAACUGAACUGUUAGAAAAUAGCAAAGAAGAUGUUGAUAUGGAAACAGAAGCUAGUGAUAAUGUAGACUUCAAAAACAGGAGCCAGGACACUACUACUGGAGAUUCUAUAAUUAAGAGUGAGACCAACAUAAAUGACGAAAUGGAUAGCACUGCAAGGGCAGAUAAAGGUAUAGAAGUGCAUACUGAUACGAAAGAUGAAAAUUACCAGAAAGAACCUCAUUUGAGUGACAAUGUGGAAAAUAAAAAAGAAGAUGCUAUCAGGAACAUGGAGGACAGAGAUAUUGACAGGGAUUUAAAAGAAGAGAUGUCAGAAGACAUUGAAAAAAGUCAGAAAGAAGAAUUUAUGGAAACUGAAAAUAUAUCAGAAGAUAGCUCUUCUAUCCAGGAGGCUCUUAUAACAGCACAUGCACUGCUAGAUAGUCUGAGUCCAAUGAAACCAGAAACAUUCCCAGGGUGUCCCUCUGGUCGAAGUCCAAAAUCUAAGAACGAACCAGGAACAAAUCUUGAUGUUUCAGAUAGACCAGAAAUUGUAAAACCUUAUAGAAUUCAGGAUCAGCAUUCUACUGAUCUAUCUACUGGCAGGUUUACAAAAACGGAGGCAACAGUAGAGGAUAAUGAAAAAGUAGCUCAUUCACAAACUUCUGCAGGUUUAUUAACAAAAUCAUCAAGUUAUGGAUUUACUGUGUCUGAUAUUUUAUCUGAUGAGAUGGGACAUGAUUCAAAAGACAUUGCUGACGAUGUUAUGUCAUUAAAGGAAAAAACUGUUUCCACAGGUAGCGAUAUAAGUAAAGAAGCUAAUCUCAGUGAAAACAUUGAACCGGUAAAAACAGAUGUAUCUACCAUAGGGGUGGAAAAAAAAUCAGAGGAUUCUCCGAUAGUAAUUGACUCCUCUUCUUCAAGUCAGGGAUCUCAGUCAAGGUUACAGCCAGUAACAACUUCAGUAACUCCUCCUAUAAUGUCUGUGCAUGUUUCAAGUUCUGAGAUAAUUGAUAAUGCAAACCCUUUGACAUCUGUGUCUCAGAAAGUUUUUCAAGAACAAGGAUCCACUGCAAUUCAGUCAAGUUCUUCUGUAGCAGCAGGGUACCAGUCUGAUGUUUUAUCAGCACUUCAUGUUGGAACCAGUCAGACUGUGACUGGGUCUAGUGUUACAACAUCUGUAGAAAUGUUGUCUACUUCAGUAACUGAGACACAGUCUGAAAUGAGGCCACCUAUUAUAAAUAUUUCAUCUCCUUCAGUGCGAUUGACUGGUUCUGUGACAGAUCAUGGCUACUCUAGAGCUUACAAUGAAAUGCCACUAAAUCAGUCAACUCCAAGAAGAAGUCCAUUUCCGGUUUCCAUGGCAGCCAGGUCCCCAGGAAGUUCUAUUGUUUUACGUGACUCGCAGUCAUCAGCCAGUUAUAUAGAAGUUCCAUUAGACAUAGAUGACAGAAGUCCAUCAAGCAGAAAAGCACAAAAACGGAAACGUCCAUCCCUAGCAACUGAAGACAUUCUUAAUUAUGGAAAGCGUCGCUCAGCUAGGGUUAGAAACACAGGUGGAAGAAAGAAAGAAGAGGAAACUGUCAACUUUUAUGAUCUUCUGCAGACGUUUCUACCUUCAAGUCUCAAAAAUGUGGCCGAAGAAGAAAAUAGUUCCAUGGACACUGACACAUCUGACACACAGGACAAGACACAGGAUAAAGAUGCAGACAAGUCAGGAAGCAGGAUGUCUGCUGUUGCCAUGGUUACAGAAGAAUGGAAUGAAGUUGAGAUGGUGAAAUGUUUUUUAGAUAAGUGUAUCAAGAACUGUGGUCUUCUAGACAUGUGUUCUACAUUCCUCCAUAUCUUAGCUAGACACUUCAAGGUUCAGUGGCCAGAAGGCUUGUCUGAGAUUUACAUGGGAGUGUUUAGCAGAGUAAGGAAACAUUUGUAUAUACCUAACGUAUUUGAGAUGAAAGACCCACCCAAGUUGUAUCAGAAACUGGCACAGAUAUGUCUUGUACAAGCUGAAUUCCUGCUGGAUACUUGGUUGCUUACAAGGUCAAAAGUCACAGGUUCUUCCAUCAUGUCACCUCGAAGUCAGGGAAGCCAUAGUUUAGAAACUGAUGAUGUUCCUCAGUUCUUUGAUGAAGAUAUCUGGUAUCUGACUGUACUGUGUGGAUAUAGCGAGACAAUGGCUGAUAUCUGGAUAGAUCAUUGUAUUAGAGUAUACUGGUUAAAGGCAAGAUACUCUGUACUAAGGAACAACAUGGGGGAUGCAGUCAGCUAUCUUGAAAUGAUCAAAGAGUAUCUGGAAUAUGGAAAGGAAGAGUUCAAAGUAGAACAUGCAUACCUACCAAACUGUAAAAUAGACAACUUUGUGGAUACAGAGAUUGUGCUGUCACAACAAGAACUGUUACACCAGACGAGAUCUGUGGAGGAAACCGAGAAACUGUACGAGAACAAAGAUUACAAGAAAGUUGUUGAAAUACUCAAACAGAAUUUCUCAGCUGAAAAACAGAAGAUGGUGAAAAUGACAUCAGACAAGACUGAGAGACAGGCACAGUGGAUAAUGUUACUGGAAGCUCUCUAUAAAACAGAAGACUAUAGUAAUUGUUUACUGUGGGGAGAACAAGCUUUCAGUGAGUGUUACCAGAUGUCGAGGCAUGGAAGUAAGUCUGAAGAGACGUCCAGCUGGAUUAAAACAAUGAUCAGUGUAUUCUCAUACAUGCAAAGGGUAUUUGAGAAGGAGGUGCUUAUAUCUCAAGCACUGUCAUCAACAAAGAUUAUUCGUUUUUCGCAGAAUCUGAUCAGAUUAAUAAAUUUGAAUAUGUCGUUACCAGAGAGCAUGACUGCAAUGGCAGUGGAUACUGUUAUACCAUGGAUAUUGCUGUAUUAUAUCAUCAAACAAGAGGAAGACAAGUUAGAGGAGAGAAGAAUGAAGGAAGAUGUAGUGGUUGAAGAAAAGGAAGAAAAUUUGUCCUCAUCAUAUAUGUUACUAAACAUAGCUCAUGACUAUCUCGGCAGUCGCUCUUGGUGUACAAAGUCAGAUGGUGCUCUGCUCCUGUUCUUUAUGUCUGUACUGAAGAAAGAUAUGUGCCAGGAAACAGUGUCGAAGUUUCAAGAGGAGUACCAGCAAGCCUUUGAACAGUGUGUUUACUGUCUGUUUGGUCAUCCAAACAAGAAAGGGAAGGCGAAACACUUGCAGGAUCACAGUGCCAGUAACAUCAGCCUUCAGUGGGAGCAUGCUGUAGAUGUUUUUGAGUAUUUCAAACCAAAGAGUCUGCCUGAAUUUGAUGGGUACAGGUCAGAGACUAUCAGUACUGAGGUGGAGUUUUUGCUGAAGAGAAUCAUACCUUUAAUUCCAGAGAAUAGUAAAUCCAUGGGUUUAACUGUUGAGGAGAUACAAAGUUAUAUAGAGGGAACAAACAGUACCACACCAGUUAUACAGGAUGGCAGACAAGUAACAUUACCAGUUGUUGAUGUCAUAUAUUACCUGCUGGCAGAUUAUUACCUCAAAAACAAGGAGGCAGUCAAGGCGAUAAAGUUCUACAUGCAGGACCUGUGUAUGAACCCCAGUAGGCUGGACUCCUGGGCUGGUAUGGCACUGGCUCGGAUGAGUCAGCUUGACUCUAAGCUAACCUCAGCAGAGCUUAAAAUGGACCAACCAGUAUACAAGAAAUCUAUUGCAGCCCUUCGUUGCUUCAAGCGAGCAGUAGAAAUAGACGACACAAACAGUAAACUGUGGAUAGAAUAUGGAACCUUGGCAUACCAGUUACACUCGCAUGCUUCAAGGCAAAUUGAAUGGAAAAAAUGGUUUGCAAUGGAUGAAGAAACUGUUAAGAUUGCUGUGGACAGUAAACGCGAGAUGUUGCAGACGGCAACAGAUUGUUUCCGUAUGGCAGCAGGCUGUGAUCGAGACUGGUCAGAAGAUGAAUGGUUACAUAAUUACAUGCUUGGAAAAUGUUUAGAAAAGAAUAAUAGAGGGAUAAAAGAUUCUCUUGGAUAUUAUUCGAAGGCCUUGGAAUGUGUACACAAAGAGCAUGCUAAAUAUCCUAAACGUAUUCAGUAUGCAUACAACACCCCGCAUCUAGCUGUAGAGGCAUUAGAGAUGUAUUAUAGAAUCCAUGUGAUAAUACUAAAGCAGCUGUUGAAAUAUGAUGCGGAGUCAGAUAGCCACGACUACAAAUUGUAUGUGAAGUACAUCGUAGAAGCUGCAAACACACCUUUUGUGAAACGCCUGGAAUAUGGGCAGACAAAUAAAACCGACAGGGACUCGGCAUCAUCAGCAGAUGAGAACUCGUGUACAGAGACAACACCUUCCAAAUCAAAGUCAAGUUCUGACCACACGUAUUUUAGACAAAAAAGUAUUCCUGGUGUUAAACCAGUUGCAGAACCUGUUGCCAUGGAAACAGAGAAAGUUGAAGAACAAAACAAUGCAGGUGUUGAAGAAAAGGAUGUGGUUAUGCAAAGUAAAUCUGUAACAACCCUGGAAUUGCAUUCUGAAGAGCAAAAGACAGAAGUAGACAUCAACAUGGCGACUGUGGACACUUCUAAACUACCUAGAGUUGAAACCUCACAGCAAGGGGAGGCAACACCUGUGAAAAAUGAGUUUGUCGAAAGUAAAGCUGAUAAAGAAAGUGCUAAUUUGCAGAAACUUAAGCAGUCUCCAUUUUCUAUCUCAAGUAUCCUUGGAGAAAAGCCCAGUGAAUCACCUGAAACUCCAAAAAGAGCAGCAGAUACUCAAGCAGGUGGUGAUAGUUUAGCAUUAAGCCAAGAGAGUAAAGUUCAAGAUGUCAAAGAAACUAAAGAAAUAAAACAUGUUGAAGUGAGACCAGAAGAUGCUGGUGCCUCUGGUGAUGGAGGGACACCAACAACUGAACUUGAAACAGAUGGAAAGAAAAAGGCAGAAUUAAGUUCAGGAGACACGGAGAAAGAAGUGAAAAAUGUUCUUGCACAUAUAGAAGAUUUGAUUGAAGAAGAAAUGAAGGACAAUACUUCCAGCCAAACUGAUGAUGACAAGGACAAAGUGGAGACGAUGGAAGUAGAUGGAGAGGAUUUGAUUAAAGCACAGAAUCAGCAAAAAUCUACAUCAAAAGUCUCUGAUGACUCAAAGAUUGAUGAUCAGAUAAACUACUUGUUGAAGAUGCCCGUGACAGAUCUGCACAAGGAACUUGUUGAGAAAUGUCGUCUGGCUCUUACCACAUGCCUGCAGAGGUUUCCUACCCACUACAAGUCACAUUACAGGCUGGCAUACAUUCACCUUUAUUCACCUUAUCAUAAGGAUCUAAUGAAAGCUCACCAUAUACUGCUUGGAGCUCCAAAAUGGCAAGACUUAGACUACAUGCCGUGUCAAGGACUAUUUGGGGAGAGGAAACAAACCAAAUUUUUCCAGGGGAUAUGGAAAAUUCCAAUAGAUGAAAUUGACCGGUCUGGCAGUUUUCCAUCACACUUGAACAGAUGUAUAGGGUUGGUUCUCGAUGUUCUCCGAGCAGAGAAAGACAGUCAGACAUUACAUCAAGUUCAUCUACAACUGAACCGGCAGCCAGAACCUGGAAAAAAAUACCUUAGAGAUGCAGAGAAGAAAUAUUAUGCCCUGACAUCACACCGUUACACUCUGGAUGCUGUAGAACAGCAGAUUGAGGACAUGAAGGCAAUCACUGAUACUGAAGUUAGACAGAAAUUCCUCAUGGUCGUUUACAAAAUACAUGAGCAUGGUGUACACAAGCUGAACAAGCAUGUAGAGAGGACCAACAGGCUGCUGGCUGAAGCAUACAGAGUUACACUUAGGAAGUUGGAGACAUUACCGCAGAAAAUGUUUCUGGACCAGGCAGUCAGAUAUUGUAAGCAGCUGCAGUCUCAGAAGCACAAAGGUGAAAAGUCUCAGGAUACAAAAUCUCAAGCCAGUGUUUCUACUUUAGUGCCAGCAAGUAUACGUCCCAACUCGACACCUGAAGAUGUACCUACAAAAUCCAUAAAACCUCCAAAUUUAAUCAGUCUUGCAAACAUCAUGGAAAGUCAGGGAGCCAGUUACAGCAUGCAGAAAGCUACUGAAAGUAACUUAGAUAAAGCUUCAACUGACAUUGUUAGUAAAGACAACAGUCAGUCAGAGGCAGAGGUUUCAGCCAAAGAUAAACAGCCAGUUGAUAAGGUAGAGGAAGCAGAUGUUAUCAUACUGUCAGACAGUUCUGUAGACUCCCCAGUAAAAUCAUCUAUUGAUAUGAAAAAGACUGAUGAUGUUGAUAAAUCUAAAACUGCCUCACCGUCUCUGAAUACAAGUGCUCCAACUGUGAAAAUUAAAAUGGGUUUGCUUCAGGCUGUUAAAAAGUUGAAACCAAACCCUAAAGAAGGAACUCUCAACAGUGGAGACAAUGAAACAUCACAAGAUGAAGGUCUGUCCUCAGCAUUAUCUGAAGAUGAAAGUGAGGCACCUUUGCCGUCUGCUUCAGAUGAUCAAGAGGCAAAGGCUAAUUCUACAACUUCCUCUUCAUCAUCAUCAUCAUCAUCUAGUGAGAGUGGAAGUAGUAGUGAUGAAAGUAGUGAUGAUGAUGAUGGUGAAGCUGAUGAUGGUGAUAAUGAAAGUGAUGAUAGCAAAGAUGAAGAAUCUGAUAGUAAUGAUAGUGAAAGUGAUGAUGAUGACAAUGAUGGUAAGCUAGACAAUAAAAAUGAUACCAAAGAGGUUGCAAAGAAACCUCAAGCUGUGAAAAGAAGAAUGAAAGUAGUUCCAACAACUGAAGAUGAAGAGGAGAGUAGUGAUAAUGAUAAUGAAAUUGAUCUAAUUAGCAGUAAUGAUGAAGCUGAUCAAGAUGAUGACAGAGAUAAAGAUUACAACGCUAGUGAAGAUGAUAUUGACAAUGAUGUUAUAAUGAUCUCAGAUGAAGAGUAUGCACCAAAAGGGAAGGCCAUUAUUCCUUCCCCGCCACACAAGAACAUUCUAAUGGGAACUGAAGUUCUGGUAAAAGAAGUUCCAGACUUUGAUCCAUCACUUAUUUCUUCUCUGAUGUCCGCAGAUAUCGGACCAGUACCAGUUGGAUCUCCCAUUGUGAAUAAAGCAAGUACUGCUCAUGGACACAGUUCAAUGGAUAUUGAUAAAACCUAGGUGUGCUGGAUAUGGAUAUUGGUAUUGUGAUGAUACAACAAGUGCUACACAUGGACACUAAAACCUGGGAUAUUGUUAAAAACUGUGUAUUUUUUCAUGUUGUCAUAUACAACAGGUGCUAUGCAUGAACACAAUAACAUGGAAAUUGUUACAACAUAUGUGUACAUAUUCAUAUUGUCAAUACAAUGAAAGUUACACAGGAACACAAUUCCGUGGAUAUUGUUUAAACAUAUGUAUAAAUUUUCAUGUUGUUAAUUUAAUACAAUGAAUGCUACACAUGGAAACAAUUCCAUGAAUAUUGUUACAACAUAUGUGUUCAUAUUCAUGUUGUUAAUACAAUGAAUGCUUCACAUGGACACAGUUCCAUGGAUAUUGUUAUAUGUGUACAUAUUCAUGUCGUCAAUACAAUUGCUACUCUAUGUCUUAAAAUUUGUGAAGUUUGAGCCAAACGUGUAUGAUUUAGAGAUAAAUAAACACCUUGUCUGUUGUUUGAUCUAUAUGUGCAUAAUUUGUAUUGUCUUUAGACUGAAGAAAUAAUAAAUAUGUGAUCCAUCUUCA